AAAAAAUAUUUACUAGGCGAGUUGAAGAAAUCACGGAACUUGAGGAGGUUAGUUAGAGCCGAGGGUCGGAACCAAGCCGAGUUCAGCUGUAACUUGUAAAAGUAUUGAUCGUGAGCGUUUUAAAAAAAUGCAGCAACUAUGGGAAGUGAAGGAGAAGAAGAAGAACGAGAGAAUCAUUAAAGGAAGAGAUCUAGUGGAUGUUGUCUUCUCAUGGUCUGUUCGUGAUGUCCUCAACUCAAAUCUUUACAAAGGAAAGGUUGAUAAAAUCCCUAACACAUUCCAGUCAAGCAAAGAGUAUUUCAAGUCAUUUGUUAAUCCUAUCAUCGAAGAGACACAUGCUGCGUUGUUGUCAAGUAUGGGAACUCUGAGACGAGCACCAGCUUUCAAAGUUUGGGAAAUCAAACCGGCCAAAGAUUUCAAACUUCCCAAGAGUCUUUAUUACGAGGUUACUUUGCAGACAACGUCUGAUAAUAAUAUGACCAAUGGAGAUCGGAAGCUGUUAGAGUUCAACGACCUCAUUGCGGUGACUGAUAAGAAGCCUUGUAGAAUCGAUGACUUGAGAUGUUCCAAUGAGCCUUACUUGCUCGCUCUUGUUUGUAGAGUAAAAGAAGAUAACCCGCAUUUGAUAACUAUUCUGGCCUCAAAACCCAUCGAUCUCGAGGAAGGUAACAUGGAAACAAGAAAGAAAGGAAAGGGUGUGAAGAGAAGCCUAAGCCUCUUUGGUGUUUAUUUGACCAACAUGAUGACCAAUAUUCGUAUUUGGACGGCGUUACAUCCUGAUCCAGAAGGAGGGAACUUAAAGCUUAUAUGUAAAGUACUUCAAAGCAACAGUGAGGUUGGUGGUGAAAGUUGUGCAUCUUGCCAAGAAAACAGUGAGAAUAUUAUUCCAAAUCACUUAGAGAAAAAGCUGCGUUCGUUCAAACUGAAUACAUCUCAGGAGGAUGCGGUUUUGCGUUGUCUAGAAGCCAAAAACUGCAACCACUCCAACAAUAUCAAACUUAUAUGGGGACCACCAGGCACCGGGAAGACAAAAACGACAAGCGUUCUGCUUUUAAACCUUUACAAAACGAGAUGCAGGACGCUGACUUGCGCUCCAACUAACAUAGCUGUUUUGGAAGUUGCUUCGAGGGUUGUGAACUUAGUCUCCGACUCAUUGAUGUUUGGUGGGUACGGUCUUGGAGAUAUCGUCUUGUUCGGUAACAAAGAAAGGAUGAAGAUCGAUGAACGAGAGGACCUUUUCGAUGUUUUCCUCGAUUACCGAGUUGAUGAGCUCUAUGCUUGCUUUCAGGCUCUAACCGGAUGGAGAGCGAACGUAAACAGGAUGAUCUCCUUGCUCUGUGAUCCAAAAGACGUGUAUAACAAGUCUUUCGUCGAGGAAGACAAAGAUAAGCGUCCUUCGUUUAAGAAGUUCGUAGAAGAGAGGUUUAGUAAGCUCAGGACGGACCUGCGGUUUCAGUUCUCAACUCUGUGUCUCCAUCUACCAACUGUUUUGCUCUCUUUUCGAGUAGCGGAGAGAAUGAACCAGACUAAUGAUCUCCUUAGAACUAUGACGGUUUCUGAUGUCGUUAGGAAGAAAGUAGAUGAGAACGAUACAAGAAAGCAAGAUUGUGUGAAGAUGUUAGAAUCGAUUUGCGAUAGCCUCGACCUUCAAGAUUUCAUAGGAAAGUUUGAUCUCAAAAUACUCUGCUUAGACAACGCGCGUCUGCUUUUCUGCACGGCGUCUAGCUCCGCCAGGCUACACAUGAGUUAUCCGAUACAACUCCUUGUGAUCGAUGAAGCUGCGCAGCUAAAAGAAUGCGAGUCCGCGAUCCCUCUCCAGCUUCCGGGGCUCCAACACGCUGUUUUAAUCGGCGACGAGAAGCAGUUGCCUGCGAUGAUACAGAGCAAGAUUGCUUCGGAGGCUGAUCUCGGGAGGAGUUUGUUUGAAAGAUUGGUCUUGUUGGGUCACAAGAAGCAGUUGCUGAACAUGCAGUACCGGAUGCAUCCUAAAAUCAGUAUUUUCCCGAACAGAGAGUUUUAUGGUAUGAAGAUUUUGGAUGCUCCUUCUGUCAGAGUGAGGAGUUAUGAGAAACAGUUUCUCCCUGGGAGAAUGUAUGGGCCUUACUCUUUUAUAAACAUACCCUAUGGUAGAGAACAGUUUGGACAAGGAUUCAGUUCUAAAAACCUAGUAGAGGUCUCUGUUGUGGAUGAGAUUUUGUCAAAGCUUUACUCAGUGUCAAGAAAGACGGGAAGAACGAUAAGUGUUGGUGUGAUUUCACCUUACAAGGCUCAAGUGUUUGCAAUUCAAGAAAAGAUAGGCCACCGGUAUGAUGCCAGUGAGAAAUUCACAGUGAGUGUUAGGUCUGUAGAUGGGUUUCAAGGCGGUGAAGAAGAUAUUAUAAUAAUCUCAACCGUUAGGUCUAACGGUAGAGGAGCCAUUGGUUUUUUAUCUAACCAACAAAGAACCAAUGUAGCACUCACACGUGCCAGAUACUGCUUAUGGAUUCUUGGAAACGAGUCGACUUUGACCAACAAUAGAUCAGUGUGGAGUCAGUUAGUAAAUGAUGCUAGAGCACGAGGCUGUUUUCAUGACGCAUAUGAUGAUGAAUCAUUAGCUCAGUGUAUUAAAAGAUCAGCCACAGCCCUUGAUGAUCUUGAUAAGCUUCAUCAUAACAAUAAGCUUCUUUCCUUUGAGAAUUCGACAUGGAAGGUUUUGCUUAGCAAUGAGUUCUUGAAAUCUCUGGAGACCAUCAUAGACUCUGAAAUUAACGAGAGAGUUAUGAGCGUUUUGGAAAAGUUAUCUAAUGGGAAGUUUCAACAAGACUCGGAUACUGAUAAUCUGUUGAGACAACAUGAUGUCGAUGACGGCUUAAGCCUCAUUUGGGCAAUAGACAUUAUCAAGAAAGAGAAUCAUUAUCUCCAAGUUUUAAAGAUUUGGCAUGUUGUGCCAUCUUCUGAUGUUUCUUGUGCCGAAAUAUGUCUAGAGAAUCAUUACAAGGGAUACACGAAAGUCAAGAUAGAACGGUGCAGAUACAUAUGCUCUCGAGGAAAUGUUGUUGUACCAAUGAGAUGGCCGAUCAAGUCUUGCUUAAAGAAAGACAUUAUAAGGGAUGUAUCAAGAUCGUUUGCGUUGUUAAGUGUUGUGGAUGAAGCCGAGGAAAUAAUCGAAGAUGAAGAAUGUGUGGAAGAUUAGAAGAAAGGUUCAUCUCCAAAGAUCUUGAGACAGUUUCUGGUUAAAAGUAUUUCCUGAGUAUCAAGCAGACUUUUUCUGACUUUCCUUAAAAAAAAAACAAAGUGUAGUUUGCUUCUUCUGCGUGGGUGGUAAAGCAAACGUAGUUUCUGUUCACCAAUAUUUUAGUUCAGAUGAUUCAACUAAGUACAUUAAGCCAAAUGUAUCCUAGAACUUAUUUAAGUGUGACAAAUGAGAUUGUUAAGUCUCUCAAAAUGUGUUUUUUCAAAAAGUAUUUUGUAUUUUAUCGAAAUUGGUUUGAAAGUCGAAACUAUUUCAUCAUAAAAGAAAUUUGAUAUAGAAAAUACAGAAAGAUAGCUAAUGUCUUUACCACACACAAAAUAGUAGAUAUAGUUCUUAAUGACGAUUUUAUUAGAAUCUAAGGUAAAUAAGUAGAUUUUCUCAAACCUACACUAUCGAUCGGAUUUCUAAUACAUUUUAAGAUGACAUACAGAAAUGAUCUUUUUGAUUACCUUUGUUAAAUUGCACAUUAUUAUCUUUGAGAAAGAAGAACAAUCUAAAAUCCUAAUGGAUUCUAUAGAUAGAAAUCGAAACCCCAAAAAAAACUCAAUCUAAGACUUAAGAGAUAAGAAUCCGGUGAUUAAAAGCAAAACUUUAUGUCGCGAACUGUUGUUGCAGCUCUAAUGAGAGUCACCGGUACCUACCAGAAGACCGAGCUCGGACUCCAAUUACCAUGCCUUCCAAUGAGGAAGAGCCCUGGUAAAUCUGCGCUAAAAGACACUGAACUAUCGCAUAUGUAGCCAAAAACCACCAACAAAACAUCACCACCUCCAAUGAGUGUGUGGGGGGGGGGGGGGGGGAAUAA